CCAUUAGGGAUCGUUCCUGACAACCUGUACUGAACCAGGACACGGAAGAGUCACGGGGUCAGUGCAGAGAAAAUCGGCCGGCUCGAUUGGCAAGUUCUUCACUAAAAUAUCCUCUCUUUAUCAAGAAAGUCCAGAAACGGGGCUUACGAAAUGCAAGGAGUUGUACUAUGCUGCCUUAGGAGGUUGUCAGGCCAGUGUUCCAGUCCGUUACAAAGACAAACUAUGGUGGCGACUACACUGAGACUUGGUGCUUUGUCUAAAAACUGUACAUUCGUUACCCACCUGUUUAAUUCUGUAUCCAAGAGAAAGCUAUGCAUUUCCGCUGUUACAGAAAAAGAGACCGAGUCAUUGUCUGCUAAGGAACAAAGACUGCUGCAUAACAUUUACAGUGGUUUAAUAAGUGGUCAUCGGGCUUGCCUAGCAGAAGCUAUCACACUGAUAGAAUCUACCCAUACCAGGAAGAGAGAGCUUGCACAAAUACUGCUGCAGAAGGUACUAUCUCACCACCGAGAAAAGGAGCAGUUAAAUAACGGAAAACCGCUAGCUUUUAGAGUGGGUCUGUCAGGUCCUCCUGGUGCUGGGAAAUCUACAUUUAUUGAAUAUUUUGGAAAAAUGCUUACAGAGCAUGGACAUAAAGUGGCAGUUCUAGCUGUUGACCCAUCUUCUAGUACCAGUGGAGGGUCACUUCUUGGAGAUAAAACACGAAUGACAGAACUGUCAAGAGACAUGAAUGCUUAUAUUAGACCUUCACCAACCAGAGGGACACUGGGCGGUGUCACCCGUACCACCAAUGAAGCUAUUCUCCUCUGUGAAAGUGGUGGAUACAAUAUUGUCCUCGUGGAAACUGUAGGUGUGGGGCAGUCUGAAUUUGCAGUUGCUGACAUGGUUGACAUGUUUGUUUUGUUGCUGCCACCUGCAGGAGGAGAUGAGCUACAGGGUAUUAAGAGGGGCAUAAUAGAAAUGGCUGACCUUGUUGUUGUUACCAAAGCUGAUGGGGAUUUACUUAUCCCGGCACGAAGAAUUCAAGCAGAGUAUGUUAGUGCACUAAAGUUACUUCGGAAACGUUCCAAACACUGGAAACCUCAGGUUGUCCGUAUUUCAGCUAAAACUGGAGAAGGAAUCCAAGAGCUUUGGAAGAAAAUGAGUGAUUAUCAGAACACGAUGUUUACAAGCGGAGAACUAGUUAACAGACGAAGAAGUCAGCAGAAAGUAUGGAUGUGGAAUCUCAUCCAGGAAAAUGUACUUCUUUAUUUCAGGAACCACCCUGAGGUUAAAGACCAGAUCCCCCAACUGGAAGAGAGAGUCCGUACUGGUGUCCUUUCACCUGGACUGGCAGCAGACAUAUUAUUGAAAGCAUUUUCACAAAAUCGAUGAUACAUUGCACUGUCAGCUGUGUACAGAGAUGUAUAUGUGCAUGUUAUAUAGAAAUGAACAGGUGGUAUGCAAUGUGGAAACUAAAUUGUAUUACAUCUUCUGAAUAAUCAAAUGUGUCUGUUUGGUUGAAAACAAGUUAUCGAUGAGAGAAAGGUAUUUGCAGUUUUUAUUUUAAAACGCUAUUUUUCUAAUUGUAAAUGUAAAAUAUUAAAAGAAAAUUCUGUAUAUAUAAUUGAA